UUUUUUGGUGUUUCGGGCUUUCCGUAGGAAUGUCCCAGGUCAUGACGUCACGUGUUUGCUGAGAGGGAAAACACUAGGUUGUGUCAACUUCGUUGUUUUUGUGCGCUGGGAUUCUUUGUCAAAGUCCACACAGAUGUCAGGGAACCAUGCUCCGCUGCAGGCGUUGUCGCAAACUUGUCAUAGACUCAACAUGUUUGGAGAUGCAGGUUGAUGAAACGAUCAGCUCAGCUGCUGUUUGUAAUAUUUGGCAUGUUAAUGCUGAUCUGCUGCCAGACUGGAUACUGACCUCUGUUCAUCAGGCACAAUGGACUGUGGGAAAACUAAACUGUCAGAACUGCAGCGCUCGACUGGGUGGUUUCAACUUCCUUAGCAAUAGUCAGUGUCCCUGCGGCCGGUAUAACACGGUCCACCUCAACAAAAGCCGUGUGGAUUGUGACCAAAGAAAACAUGUCCUCAUUGUCCAACCUAGGAGGAUGAGACCUGGGAGAGCAGGACAAGCUUGUCUGCUGUCAGACCCCCUUCAGAACAGUGAAGAGAGUCCUGCACCGAACAGAUCACCGUUUAACUGUAUGGCUGUGAUGUCUGAUGUGUUUACUGCAGAGGCCACAGACACACUGACUGACAGUGAGGACACAUUACCUUUCAGUCCUCUGUAUUGCAUUUCUAAUAGAAGAAGGUGCAGUAUGGAAGAUGAUGCUGCUUUCAGGUUGUCGUGUUUCUGCCCUGCAGGUCUUAUGGACGGGUCUGCUCUUAAUUUGUCAAAUGCAGGGGUGGAUGAAGAUACACAGUUGCCUGCAUCUUCCCCCGCAAGUCAGCCGUUUGACACAGGCGCCGAAGCAUCGUUCAGCGCCAUCGCUUGCCACACAUCUGGUUUUAGGGAGAGACAGUCAGAGCAAGCCCUGCUGCAAAAUCCCACAAAUGAUGCGUCUCCUGGACGAGAAGAUGUCUCAGAUUCAGACAUGCUCAUCAGAGGAAGAACGGUCUCUGAUGAUGAAGCUGAGCAAGAGGAGGUAGUUCUGUCUCAAGCCUCGUCAGUCUCAAACAGGCUGAGCAAAAGAGAGAAGAACCGUCUGAAGAGUGUGCGAAGAAAACAAAGGAGGAGAGAGCUCUGGUUGAAAAGUCAGCUGGAGGAGGAGCAGGCUGGGAGUGUGAGCAGGGCGCCGCUGGACGGUGAGGAGGACCGAGAGGGCGUGACCUGCGCCGUGUGUCUCGACAUCUACUUCAGCCCCCACAGCUGUCAUCCUUGCGGUCACAUCUUCUGCGAGCCGUGUCUCCGCACGCUUGCCAGGAGCAGGACAGCGAACACACCCUGCCCUCUCUGCCGCACACUCAUCUCACACACAAACAUCCACAAAGAGCUCGAUCAAAACGUGAAGGCGAUGUUUCCAAAAGUGCACUCCACCCGCAAGCAGAAUUUCCACAAUGCUCCAUGUGCCAAAUGGCCCCUACCCAGCGUUCAGAAAGGAUUUCGUACCUUUUGGGGCUAUCAGAGACAGACCAUGAUGGCGAGGAGACGCUGGCACUUUGCUAAUGCAGGCUUCGCCCUGCACACGCUGGACUUCACCGGCAUGCAGGGCUGGCUCUUCAACAUCGGCCUGGUCAUCAUUUACAUCCGCUCAGUCAACUGGAUCCUGGUUUUCCUGCUCUUCUGUUUUCUCUUGUACUACUUUUUCUUUUGAGAAACAAACUCUUGAGAGUCUGUGUUGCACUAUUACUGUAUGUGAGUUUGUGUCCAUAAGGGGACAGAGCCUGUGCUGUUUCAGUGUUAAAUGUUCCAGAUACUGUACAUCUUAUAUCAGGUCAGGAUAAAUGAGAGCACAAUGCUUGAAAACACAGUUUAAAUUGCAUUUUUAUAGUAUGAGCCAAUAAUAAUAUUCUGUGCUUCUUGCCUUCACCACAUCCAGUCUUGUGCAAUGUGGUUAGUACAAUGAGACUUAUUAUUUUCAAACAACCUACUAAAUAUUUAAGUUAGAGGGAAAGGGCACUUGAAUUCUAUUCCUACUCAAAAUUAUUUAUAAUUAUAUGUGAUAUAGUUUAAAACCCUACAAAUAAAUACUGCUUUGAAGCGA